CGUGUACGAGUCGGGCAAAGUGACUCCCUCGCUGUGUCUCUACUCUCCUGCAAGCGUCAGUGAUGGAUUCCCUGCUGUGACUUGGUUUCAAGGGCCCCUCGUGCCUCAUCACUCAACUGCAUCAGCCACUGCUGUGCCUCAGGCUGUUCCUUGUCAGGCACAGGCCCGUGAUUCGACGCAACCAGCAUUGAGCCUGAGCCACUGACACUUCGUUGCCCGUUCCUCGCACCCAGAUCAUCCGUUAGACAAUGCAGCGCUCAAUGCUCGCCGCCAUGUCCCAGUUUCCUGCAGAGCCAAGCCACAGCAGCGCACACCGUGAACUGGGUCCAGGCUCUCUGCUUCGCCCGCUGCAGUUACUGCCCAGUGACCACAAUUUAGAGAUGAACUUGAACAACAGUGGACUCGAGCGCCCGAGGCGUCUGCGAUACUCCCAGCAUGACCCUUGUAAUAAAGGCUCUCAGAAACCGGCUGCUCGCCAAAGUAAGCCUUCUCAUCAGCGCCUCUCCCGCAUCCUGGACCAAGCUGAAAAGCCUUUGAAACGUCAUGAGUCUCAGCUAAGGCCUUCUCUGUGGGCUCAGGCUUGCCACACUGCAUAAGCACAGCGACAAAUAGCACCUAGUGAAUAGAGACUCGAAGCUGGAAUUCCUCGAUUUCAAGUUCAAGCCGAGUUGCGCCACAGCCUGAAGCAUCGAGGACUCGGAUGGGGACGUCUGCAACGGCCAAGGUUUUGGUUCGUGGUGUAAACUGCUUGCUCUCACAUGCUCCACCUACAGAGUGAGGUAUCUACUGUAUCAGUUAGUCGAAGUAACAAGGCAACCCACAGAGGAAAGGAACAUUUAGGUAGUUGAGUUCGUUCCACUGCAUGGUUAUGGUGACAUUCAAGUUCUCUCUCCGUUACAAACAACUCGGCCACAUACAGGUAGGUAGGUACCCAUGUACCAGUUAAUCAUCAUCGAACCUCAACUGAAAGCCAUACCGGCACUUCAUACAUUACAGUAUGCCAUCACUGGAAACUCAAACUCCACACUUCUGAUAACUUGAACCCAUUUUGUCUUGGUUCUUGAACAUCAAACACUUGCCGACCUCAGCAUAACCUUCAAGUUCCGCAGACAUUUUCCGUGGACAUCUUGUGGGUCGUUGUCAAGACUAGCCACAGCCAUUUGCGACAUGUUACCUUCCUAAACCGUAGGUACAGUCUGCUCAUCUCCUUUUCCUUGUGGAACCCAAGAGUCUGCAACAGCAAUCCCAAUCUCACCAUAUGGUUCCGCCUGAGCGACUUGGAGGAGGCCCUUUGUGGCGAGCGCGAGCACAUGAAGAAAAGCCUGGGCGCCCACAACCUGACUAUGCUGCGUCGGAGGAAGCAGCUCGUCCAGCGUGACAGCGGCGCCGCGGUCGCGUUCUUGACCUUCCUCUGCCAGAGCCUGAACCUUGGUGUUGACAAAGGUGAGAAAGUUGUAUGCCUCGUUCUCCAGCGUCUCAGCGACCCAUUGACUCUGUGCUGCUGUCUGCGUGUCGACAUUCGCAGAAGGACCGAAGAGCUCGAAGUCGACGUCGACGUCAGCAUCAGCGCCGACACCUAGCUGCGCAUCGAGAUCAGCAAAGUCGUUUUCGUUGCUGACAUUGCUACUGAGUCGUGACCCAUGCAUCUCCCCGGUUUCCUGGCUACUCAGUCGAGGAAACGACGGUCCUGGUCCUUUGCCGAGCAACGGACUGGCGGAAGUGAAACGAGAUCCGCGUCUGCCGAAUGCAGAAGGGGGUCCAACAAGUUCCAUGCCGCCUGCAAGACCACCGACACUCGAACUCAUUCUGAAGAGGCCGCUGCCAUGGCGAAGGCCCCGGGAUCCUGGCUGCGCAAAGCUUUGACGCGAUGAGAUGCCCGUGUUCCAAGGCAUUCCCGAGGACCGGUCUGGCAACGAAGGAGGUGCAUGGCGGCCAACCUCGGAUCCGAUGUUGAACUCGUCUCCUCCGGGUCCCUGGAUGUUGAGGCCGUCGUCCUCGUCGAAAUUGAUACCGUUGUCAUUGUUGUCAAUGCCAACGCCAUCUUCU